AUGACCACCGAAUUUCCUCGAUACCCUCAAGCGGUGCUUUUGCCGGUGUUAUCCUUCCUCUCAAUUACAGUGUCGAUCACUCCACUGGCUCUCCAUGCAAAGAAUCGCAAUAUCUCGAUGAUGAGCCUAGUCUCCUGGUACAUACUGUUGAAUAUUUUCAACAUCAUCAAUUCCUUGGUCUGGCCAAACGAUGACCUUGAGUCGGCAUGGGAUGGUACCGGUCUGUGUGAUAUCGAGGUCAAGUUUAUGGUAGGAGGUUACUUCGCCGUUCCAGGAGCUCUAGUAGGUAUCUUCCGCGGCCUGGCCAUCGUGCUAGACACCAGCCGCGCUACCAUGGUCCCAAGCAGGAAGCAACGCUGGCGUAACCGAAUCAUGGAUCUCGUUUUCUGCUGUCUGCUUCCCGCGGUAUCGAUGGCUCUUCAUAUUGUAUGGCAGAAGGAUCGCUAUCUACUCUACGCCAUCUCGGGCUGCGUGGUUGAUCUGGAUGAAAGCUGGGUCAGCUUUGCGCUGUGCUUUGUCUGGCCGCCCGUGAUUUGUUUCAUUGCAGCUUUCUACUGCUUUCUCGUACUUAUCCGCCUUCAUCGAUACCGAAGUGACUUUGGGAUGAUUCUACGCUCGUCACAAAGCAACCUGAACAAGUCCCGAUUCCUACGCCUCUUGUUCCUAGGGCUCACUCUGCUCAUCUGCAUCCUUCCGGUGGAGCUCUACACUUUCUACUACAGCCUGAAGUACUCACUGCCUUGGCAUCCAUAUUCGUGGAGCCGAAUCCACGGCCCCUCGUGGUUCACUAUCGUCAAAAUCCCAACCCAGGGCCAAGUAUAUGUUGAUAGAUGGUCUCCGAUCGCCGCGGGGUUUGUGAUAUUUGGGUUUUUCGGCUUUGGUCGCGAUGCCACCAAGAUCUACCGCACGAUCCUUUGGUGUCUCGGCUUAGGCUGCUGUUUCCCCGGCGUGGUUCGUCCUCUCGACACUCAAAACAGCGAUACUCCUGCAGGCGUCUCAAACUCGACCACCCUCAUUGGCACUAUUCGUGAGCGAUCUAAGCUACUGUUCUGGAAGACAAAACCUGUUGUUUGUAGUGAUGUAAGCAAUUCCCAGCAGUCGCAGACAAAUACACUCGGCAGUACACUCGGCAGCAUCGACAAAUCUCGGUACCCAUCCCAUCGUGCCCGCAAUGAGAGCCAACCCCGCUCUUGGUUCCGCCGCUGGCUACCGUUCAAUCGCCGCAUGGUCCUAAAUCGCCGUAACGAUGAAACGCUCCUGGAUGAUCUGCCCGUAGCAGGAACUACAAUAUACACCAACGCUUGGGCGGGAAUCAGUCAAAGCCGCGCUAGCGAUGAUAUCACACCUAGCCCAUCUCCGCAAAAGAAAGACUUCAUUCAUGUCAAACAAGUGAUCCACCAGCAGAGCGAACUCCAUAUUUAG